UCUGGUUUGUCUUCCACAACACUGCCUGUAUGUCACGCUUUCCGGGCAGUUUGGCGUUAAAUGUUUCAGCUGGCCAGAGACUUACAGCCGCGGAGCAUCUUAUUUAUUUAGCGAGAAGAGAAGUUACAGGCCUGCUCAGCGAACGCUAGCUUACAGUCAGCCAGGAAGCGUUACUUAACGUCAGAUGACUUGUGUGGCAUCACCGCAAUAGUUCUUCAACUUCUCCUUUCCUCUAACAGGUUGAGGGAUGAGCCACUCCUCUGGGAUUGGCUACAGUGAGCAGGAGGAGAACGAUGAGAUGGACACUCCUUACUCUCCAGAAGCCUGCAGUUGGACAGCCGCUAAUGGCUCCGCCUCUCAGCUGCAGCCGUGUCAGGAUGGAGUAGCUUGCCCGGAGCAAGACGAACAGGAAGGAACUCCUGAGACUCGCACACACCUAGCCCACAGCAUGGACCCUGCAUGCAGACAGAUACACACAAACUCAGCGCCUCACCCCAACACACAUACUUGCGAAGAUGGCCCCACACACACAGACAAACACACACCUCACUCACAACCAGUAACCAAAGACAGUCCGUACAUGGAAACCAUCAACACGCCACACACACACAAAAACGAUGGGGGUGGAGGAGCAGAGGAGGAGGAGGUCACAUGCCAGAAUGAUGAAAGAGAUGAGGAAGUGGAAAUCAGUGAGGAGAGUCAGCAGACAGCAGAUGUUAUUGUGCAGCCAGUAAAAGAGAGCACUGAAGACUCCAUCACUUCGCAAACCACAAUUACAGAGCCAGUCAACUGUAAUUCUUACGAUGGUGGCCAUUCGUCUGCUUCCACGCCCCCUGACCAGGCCCCGCCUUUGGUCCCAGCUCCUCCCUCGAGCUCAGUCCCUCCUCCCGUGCUGCCAGCACCUGAAGAUUGGCCACGGCCGGCUCACGUGAUGGCAGAGGUACGGGUGCGUUCUGCUCCUGGACGGGAGAGGGUGGUGCGAGGAAUGCAGGACAGUAAGAGUCUGGAUGGAAUCAGUGAGGCGUGUGGAGGUGGCGUUCGGGCCGUGGCAGGCGAGGGCCGCAGGGCUACUAUCUCUAGUGCUCUGGAACUGGAAGGCACAGUGAGCCAUGACGGCGAUCUCACCCACUUCAUCACCAAGAACUUGGAGCAGAAAAUCAAAAUGAGUUCACGCCCCAGCCUUGACACCGACUGUGAGUCUGACUGCUCCGGCCCAGUGGUGCGAGGUCGUGGUUCGUUGCGUCGGCCAGCUGACAUCCCACCCAUAGAUCCCAGUGUGCUGCUGGAUCUGCACAAACACACACAGGAGGUUGCACACAGCGUGGAGAUGAUGCUUCGCAGCCUGAAUGGAACCAUCCAGAAUAUGACCGCAUUGAGUGUGGGAUAUAUUCAAACAUACCGAGACUCUGUGGACAGUUUAGGGGAGUCGGUAGAUAUGAGCAUAAAGGGAAUGUACACACUGAUGGCACGUUGUGAGGAACUGGAUCGCUCCAUGCAGCCCAUCCAGACGCUCGCGGCUCAAAUCAGAGACAUCAAACGUACGCUGGAUGCUCUGGAAGCCAUCUGCAAGUAAUAUACAUGAGCAUCACUACGCCCCGUAGCUCCAGGAGAUGCUCUGCAACAACUCCACCCUCUGCUAAUUAUCAUGCGACCGAAUCACUUUGCUAACGAUCAUGUCUCCUAGAAACGCUCUGUGAGCGCUGCGCUCCUACCCUAUGGUGAUGAUCCUAUUGUUGUGGCUCCACCCAUUAGAAUGAUUGAAAAGAGAAAUGGACUCUAGUCUGUGAGCUCACACCGUCCAUGAGAAGGCUCUCUCUGUCACUCUGUCUUUCUUUCUCUCUCUCUCUCUCUCUCUCUCUUCUUCUCACCAUCUGAACACAUGGUACUGGGAUUAUUUAUAGUGUGUGUCUGUGUGCGUGUGUGUUUUAAGAGACGAGUUGCCGAUGGUACUGAUGUCCUCAAAUUAGGUCAGAUGUGUCACAUCUGUAUUUCUCUCUAUGGAAACAUGUUCUCUAAGCCAUUUUCUGUUUGUAUUCUUCUCCCACUGGGUGUUUGUAUGUCUACAGAUUGGAUGCUAUGUAUCCCCUGUUUCCACCAUGACCACUGAUCAAUUCUAACACGUGUGACCUGUUAAUCAUCCUGAAAGCUUUGGACUUUGUGUUGCCACGGUGACAGUCAUGAGGGACAUUGGCACGGAAGCUAAGCGUGCUGUCGUUUUUAAACGAAUACUCGGACUGAAGAAGGGCAUGUGAGUAAAAUGAGUUUUUUAAAAAAAAAAA